GUGGAGGUAACUGUGCUGAGGGAAGGUGUGUAGUGUUGCGCUCUGUGCUCGCGAUUCACUUGUGUCGGGGAUGUAUCAUGUGGAUUAUUGAUCUCUCUCUUAUUGGUCGGGUCCGCCAUCACUGCGGGUCGGCCGGGAAUCGGGUGGGCUAAGAAAAGGAGAGAGAGAGAGAGAGAGAGAGAGAGAGAGAGAGAGAGAGAGAGAGAGAGAGAGAGAGAGAGAGAGAGAGCGAGCCCCGCCCACCACCGACAUAAGCAGAAGCAGAAGUAGCAGAGAAGCAGCAUCUGGAUCGCCGCCCCCUCCAACAGCAGCAGAAGUGGCCGCAGCAGAAGCAGACAGCAGCAGCAGCAGGACGCGGCGCUGCCCCUCGACGCCGCCGGGGGGAGGGGAGGCAGGGAAGGCGCUCGGCAGGGAGGAGGGGCCGGGAGGGAGCCGUGACAGGGGGAUGUGGCCCCCCACCCCCCACCCCCCGCGCGCUGGCCUCACCACCCUUCUGCUCACCACCCUGCUCACUGCUGGCGUGGCCAAGGAGUGCGCGGUGAGUGAGUGCACGGCGACCUUCCACGAGGGCACGAACGCCGGCGUGCAGAAGGGGCCGACGCUCGCCUACUGCCAGCUGCUGCAGGCGUACAAGGCGUGCCUGGAGGAGACGCGCAGCUCCUGCCGCGGCGACAUCCACUACCUGUCGGCCAGCGGCAUGGCCAGCCACGUCUCCACCGGCAACAACUGCUCCGGCAUCCUCAGCGGCGAGCUGGCGCCGUCGGCGAGCGCGGGGGGCGCCACCCUCGCCCCCGCCGCCGCCGCUACGGACGCCGACGACCUGUGCCGCUACCGGGCCGCCGCCGUCGCCGCGCCCGCCCACUGCGGCCUCUUCGGCGACCCGCACCUCAAGACCUUCGCCGGCGCCUACAUGACCUGCCGCGUGCAGGGGGCGUGGCCGCUGCUCAACACGCCCGACAUCGCCAUCCAGGUCACCAACGAGCCCGUCGGACCCGACAACUACGCUACCGCCACCACCAAGGUGACAGUGCUGAUCAAGGGCCACAGCCGGUGCGGGUCUCGAAGCACGUACGAGGCUUCGAGCGAGUCUCUCCCCAAGGCCUUCGUGGAUGGAACUACCUGGUCGGGGGGCGCCAAGGACAAACCCAACAUCCAGGUGCGCGAGGCGAGUCCCGGGGAGCACGUCCUUAUCACGGUGUCCUACAUCAAUGCCACGGUCGCCGUCAGGAAGAUCGGGAGAUACCUGACUGUUUUGGUGACACUGCCAGAGAGCCUCCUGGAGGAGCUGGAGAGGGAGGGGGACGAAGUGCAGCUGUGCCUCCAAGGGUGCCACGAGCAGGAGAGGCUCGACCGACCAGGCGCUGCCCCCCUCUCCAUGGCCGCCAUGAGCAAGAGCAAGGCCAAGGAGCUGUGCAAAAGCUACAAUGUGACGGACUACUACUUGGACUCAUGCAUCUUUGACUUGAUGGCAACUGGCGACACUAGCUUCUGCAGGGCAGCACAGACAGCACAGAAAGACCUAUGGGAGCAUGAUCCCGUAGGAGCACAACGACUACUUCUGAACUGUUCUGACCCUCCGUGCAUGUGGGAGCCAAGUUCCUCCUCCCUGUCACGGUACCCCUCACUCCUCAUCAUCCUCCUUGCUCUGCUGUUGCAAGGGUGAAGGGUAGUGAGGGACAAAGGAAGGACAGUAGAGGAGUUAGAAGAUGAGAAGGAAGAAGAGGAGGGAGCCAGCUGCAACUUACUUGCAUCACCUUGCUUGCAAUCUUGCUUGCUUGGCAUCUCUUUUGGCAACAAGGAAGGGGCUGUGUAACUUGUAUCAGGGAUAUUUUGUACCAAGAGAGGUACCUGAAUGUUCGUGGAAACAGAGAAGAAAAUGAAGAAAGAAGAAAGGAAAGGAAAAGACGAGAGAAAAAAAUGUUUUAUUAGUCAGUUCUUGGCAUAGCAGCUCAAUCUAAUAAGGUUCUUUGGUGGACAGACCUCGAGAAAAUGAUUGAUUUCAUGGGAAGUGGUAAUGGUUUGUAGAAAUGUCAGGUGAUUUUUCUCUCAUUUUUCUGCACAGUGAUGUGGUGAUAUGAGGAAAA